AUGGCGAACAGCAACAGCAAUGGCGACGACGCUGCAGCUCACGACGAUGACAUGCAGCAGCGGAAUGUCGAGUACAUUCUCCUGGCAGAGUUUGAUAUUGACCGCGGAGCUAUAUUGAAGCACCAGUACCCGCGGCCGACGGGGGCCGACGACUCACACCUGGCCGAGCUCAUGCUGCCCGACGGAGCGCAUGCGCGCGAGAGCGAUUGGACAAUGUUUUUUCUUAACCAAAAGGCGCCCGACGAAAACGGGCGGGUGUCGGAGGACGGGCCGCCGCUGCUGUACGUGCUCAACCUGGUGCGUACAAAGCACGACAAGGAGGUGCGGCGCGGUGCAAUUGUCAAGGCAAUGGCAGUGUGCACGCGACACCGGUUUAUUCACAUCUACCAAGCAAUUCUCAUGCUGGCGCUCGAGAACUACUACCGCGCGCCGACUGAGGACACACUGGCCGAACUGUACAAGUCGGCCAACCAAAUGGACCUGUCGUGCAUGCCGCAGCUGAGCCGGCACGAAACGACAAUUCUGCGGUUUUCCGACGACCAGAACAUGUUUGAGGAGCGGUUCGUGCAGCUCGAGUGCGAGCGGCGACUGCUGGGCACGCUGGCGCAGGACUCAGAGCGGCUGGAUGUGGCUCAUGAGCUGGGGCUGGCUGAGCUGGGCGCAUCAGGCAGCGACGAGUCGGCGGCAGCAGCGGCCCGGCGCGGCACGGUGUCGGAGACAAACCGCAUGCGCGCGGCGUCGGCGCGCAACAAGGACAGGCGGUUUUUUGACACGGAGAUUGUAUACUCGGGCGUCAAGCUGCCCAUCCGCGUGCCGAUGACCGUGUACCCGGAGGAGAUCAGCGACUUUUCGCUUAUUCAGCUGCUGACGACGUUCUCUGGCGCGCUGUCGGCGACGACCGGCAGCAAGGCCAUGCAGCCGCACCCGCACCUGGAGUCCAGCGGCCAAUACACACACUCGAUCAUCCUGCUGAUGAACGGGCUGCUGACGCAGAAGCGCAUCAUCUUUCUGGGCCACGGCAAGCCGGCCGGCGAGGUGGCCAACUAUGUUCUGGCGGCCGUGGCGCUGGGCAGCGGCGGCGGCGGUGUGCUGCGUGGAUUCGCCAACCGCGCGUUCCCAUACACCAACCUGACCAACCUCGACACGCUGCUGUCGUUCCCAGGCUACAUUGCCGGCGUCACCAACCCGGCAUUCGAGGAGCACCCGGAGUGGUGGGACAUUCUGUGCAACAUCAACACCGGCAAAAUCAUUGUCAGCCCGCUGCUGGCCAUGCCGCCGGGCACUGCCAAUGCAAACAUGCGCUCGCAGACGGACUCACUGCGCCGCAGCUUGGACUCGGUGACACUGUCGCGCAACCGCUCCUUCUCGUCGCGCGACGGCAAGCCCGAUAAGUGGAACAACCUGGAUUCGGAAUUCAUCCAGGACCUGAUGCUGGCCAUUGAGCGCCACUACGGCGAGGUGGCCAUUCGCGCUAAGGUCGAGAACUAUGUGCGCCGCUUCAUGUCGCUAGUGCCAAUCUACGAGCACGAGCGCGACGGCGUUACGCGUCUGGGCGACCCCGCACAUAUGGCCGCUGCCGACAGCCGCGGGGUCGACGGCUACUGCAUCUCCCCUGGCGACAAGGAGAGCAGGGACCGUGAGAUCAGCUUCUACCAGACGCGCAUUGAGGGGUUCAUUGGCACCCAGGCCUACCACUACGCCGUUGCCGACUACGAGUCCAUGCAGGCCAGCUGCUUUAUCCGUGGCAUUGACAUUGCGCACAUGGUCUACUGCCUGCGAAACUCCACCAACCUUGAUGUCAACGAGGUCGAGGCCAUCUACAAGCGCCUGGACGAGCAAGUCGUCACUGACGAACAGGUCACUGAGCUGCUAGCCUCACUGCCGCAGAGCCAGGGCGGCCUGCAGCCGCUGGCCUAUGGCUUCUACCAUCCGUCGCCGGCAAUCCGCAUGUACACCGUGCGCCUGUUUGAGAAGAUCGAGCGCAACCAGGCAGGCACCCGCUACGUGCGCAGCACAAACUUCUUCCACCAGUGUGCAUUCAGCAACCUACAGUCGCCUGAUACGGGCUGA